GGUGAUGGUUCGGGAAAAGGUGGGGAUGGUUCGGGAGAUAGUCCCCCUCCUCGAUCCCCGUUUGAAGGUAUCCAAAGGACUUUACAUGUGCUGGAAACAACUUUACAAAAACCUUCUAUACCAGAGGUUUACCCUCAGGUUUUAGCCUUGCCUAUCGCCCGAAGACCCCUGUUUCCUGGAUUUUACAAGGCUGUUGUCAUAAAGGAUCCGAAUGUCACCGCUGCGGUAAAGGAAUUGAUGAAACGUGGGCAACCUUAUGUUGGUGCAUUUUUGCUAAAGGACGAAGAAUUAGAUGUAGACACUAUAACAGACAUUUCUCAAAUUUAUAAAGUGGGUGUUUUCGCCCAGAUCACAAGCGUUUUCCCAGCUAAUGGUGGUCAGGAUGACAAUUCAUUAACGGCCGUUCUGUACCCACACCGACGUAUUCGUAUCACCGAACUUUUGCCUCCCCUUCCAAGUGGGGUCUCGGAAGCAGCCAUUGUUCCCGAAUCCGCAAAACAAAAACAUGAACCGCAAUAUGCUACCUCUUUCCUGGAAGAUUAUAACGUCUCGCUUGUCAAUGUAGAAAACCUUAAUGAUGAAACAUAUAAUAGGAAGAAUCAAGUGAUUCGCGCUAUAACAUCAGAAAUUGUCGCUGUUUUCAAAGACAUUGCAACCUUAAAUCCUCUUUUUCGUGAUCAGAUUGCCAAUUUCUCAAUGUCUCAAUCUGCGGGAAACGUAUUUGAAGAACCGGCAAAACUAGCCGACUUCGCAGCAGCAGUUUCUACGGGCGAACCAAACGAAUUGCAAGAAGUUCUUGAAAGUUUGAUCAUUGAGGAGAGAUUACAGAAGGCUUUGCUUGUUCUUAAGAAAGAGUUGGUGAAUGCUCAAUUACAAAGUAAAAUUAGCAAGGAAGUUGAAUCAAAGAUUGCCAAACGCCAAAGAGAAUAUUACUUGAUGGAACAACUAAAAGGAAUAAAAAAAGAAUUGGGAAUUGAAUCGGACGGUAAAGAUAAACUUGUUGAGAACUUUAAAGAAAAGGCCGAUAAAUUGGCAAUGCCCGAUGGUGUUAAAAAAGUUUUUGAAGAAGAAAUCAACAAGCUAGCUCAUCUGGAGCCGGCGGCUUCAGAGUUCAAUGUCACGCGUAAUUACCUUGAUUGGCUCACUCAAAUACCAUGGGGUCAAAGAUCUCCGGAGAAUUACAAUAUUAAACAUGCUAUCAAGGUGCUCGACGAAGAUCACUACGGCUUACAAGACGUGAAGGAUCGAAUUCUGGAAUUUAUUGCGGUCGGUAAACUAAGGGGUACCGUAGAAGGAAAGAUUUUAUGUUUUGUUGGUCCCCCCGGCGUCGGGAAAACCUCCAUCGGAAAAUCAAUUGCUAGAGCUUUGUCGAGACGAUUCUAUCGAUUCAGUGUAGGUGGUCUGACCGACGUUGCUGAAAUAAAAGGUCACCGUCGUACUUACGUUGGUGCCAUGCCUGGUAAAGUUGUCCAAGCGUUAAAGAAGGUUCAAACCGAAAAUCCAUUGAUCUUGAUUGAUGAAGUCGACAAAAUCGGUCGCGGUCACCAAGGUGAUCCUUCCUCUGCACUCCUGGAACUUCUAGAUCCGGAACAAAAUUCAUCUUUCUUGGAUCAUUAUAUGGAUGUUCCCAUAGAUCUUUCAAAGUUGUCCGGAUAUGUUGCUGAUGAGAAGGUGGCGAUAGCCUCAAAGUAUUUAGCGCCAACUGCAAAAGAAAUGGCAGGAUUGCAAAAUGCUGACGUUCAACUUCAAAAAGAUGCCAUUGAGUUUUUGAUCCGAUCAUAUUGUCGAGAAAGUGGCGUGCGUAAUUUGAAGAAACAGAUUGACAAGAUUUAUCGUAAAACAGCUCUCAAGAUAGUCCGUGACAUGGAUGAUGAGUUACCAAAACAGGAACUCGAGGAACUUGAGGAACUUGAUGGAACUAAAUCUGAAACCCCUGGGACACCAGAGGAUGAAGUAUCGACAACUACCGAACAACGAAAACCCUUGGACGUACCUGACAACGUACAUUUCAUCAUUACUGCCGAAAAUUUAAAGGAUUAUGUAGGUCCCCCAUUGUGGCAUUCUGAUCGGCUGUAUGAUCAAACACCGCCUGGUGUUGUCAUGGGCUUGGCUUGGACGAGCAUGGGUCCAUCGGCCGGUAUCACAAUGGCAACAUCUCUUCUUUCUCUUGCGUUAUCCAAGCCUUUGAAUCCAACUAUUGCAAUGACCGGCGAGCUUACACUAACCGGUAAAGUUUUAAAGAUUGGCGGUCUUCGUGAGAAGGCUGUGGCUGCUAAAAGAUCUGGAGUAUCAACCCUAAUAUUUCCGGAGAGCAAUACUAGCAAUUGGGAGGAAUUACCUGAAAAUGUUAAAGAGGGUCUCGUGGGUGUUCCUGUUGCUUGGUACGAUGAUGUAUUUAAGGUAGUGUUUGGGGAUACAAGUAGUGAUGACGCGAAAAAUGCUUGGGCCUCAAUGAUCAGGUCAUUUCCAGAGUAUUAUGAAAAAAAAGAGGAUGGUGUUAGAUUGGACAUUGAAGCGCGAUAA